GGCAAGGUCCUGAUUGAUGAGUGAAGCUGGUGGAGUGGGUAAACAACGUGUUGUUAUCUCACAGCCUGCAGCCGGCAGUUAUUCUUCUCUGAGACCCCACUGGUUUCCUGACUGUUCACGUGUCUCCAUCCUGUGAUUCUGAGUUUGAGAAUUAGUGCGCGCCUCGCAAGCUGUUUCCCCCCCCCCUCACAGAUUGGCUUCAUAUCCUGAUCUGAGCAGUCGUUGCAAGCAAGAGACAGAGAGCAGGCACAAUCGGAGCUGGAAACCUCUCCAGCCCCCCUUUCUUCUUGUGUGAGUUGUAUCUGUAGUUAGCGUCUACAUGUUAUACAGAGAGCAGCAGGAGUGUCCUGUUGAUCUGAAGCAAGUUUGGUUUCAUUGCCGUUGGAUGUGAUUUUCACGAGGCUGCCAGUGAAUUUCGCUGUGAGUUUCUGCAGCCUGAUCUGUGAGUUUGGAUCUUGUCGACAGUUCCUUUGGUCCCUACUGAUGCCCAGGGGAGGCCCCCCCUCUGUGGCCAAGGACACACGAGUUUAGGAGCCGUUUCCGUGGACGGAGAGACGGGGACGUGAGCGGACAUUGGUGAGCGGCCAUUGGCCCGGGUGACGGUGAACCCCCUCCCCCAUCUGCUCUGUGUGCGGGCUGAGCUAGGAGGGGCUGAGCAUCGGCGGAGGACCACAUGAAGGGGCACAAGAAGGAGAAGUGUUAUGAGUGCGACGUGUGUGGCAAGGCCUGGCAGUGCCCGAGCCAGCUGGAGACCCACCGGCGGGUGCACACGGGAGAACGCCCCUUCGACUGCUCCGACUGCGGCAAGAGCUUCAAGACGGCGCAUGAUCUGGUGACCCACCGGCGGGUGCACACGGGCGAGAAGCCCUAUGACUGCCCCACCUGUGGCAAGAGCUUUGCCCAGUUGUCGGGACUGCAGGUGCACCGGCGGGUGCACAGCAGCGAGCGGCCCUUCAUCUGCUCCGACUGUGGCAAAGGCUUCAAGUCGUCACCGGAUCUGUUCAUGCACAGGCGCCUGCACACCGGAGAGCGGCCCUACACCUGCAGCGACUGCGGCAUGGGCUUCACCCGCUCCAACAUCCUGCUGGUGCACCAGCGGGUGCAUGCCAGCAACCGUCCCUUCCACAGGCCCCUCAGCUGCUCGGACUGCGGCAAGGAAUUCAAGAGGGCACACCAGCUGAAGAUCCACCGGCGGGUACACACCGGCGAGAUGCCCUAUGGCUGCGCUGACUGCGGCAAGAGCUUCAAGACGAUGUAUGAGCUGAAGAUCCACCAGCGGGUGCACAGCAGUGAGCGGCCCUUCACCUGCUCCAACUGCGGCAAAGGCUUCAAGUCAUCCUCGGAACUGAAGGUGCACUGGCGCUUACACACCGGGGAGCGGCCCUACACCUGCAGCGAUUGCGGCAAAGGCUUCAAGUCGUCCACGAACCUGAAGAUGCACAGGCGCCUGCACACCGGGGAGCGGCCCUUCACCUGCAGUGACUGUGGCAAGAGCUUCACUCAGUCCCAUCACCUGCUGGAGCAUCAGCUCACCCACACCGGCCAGCAUCCCUUCACCUGCGCCAAGUGCGGCAAGGGCUUUACCUGCUCCUCCAAGCUGCUGUCCCACCAGCAGGUACACGACAACGACCGUCCCGUCCCCAGCCCGGUGUGUGGAGAGCGCUUUGUCAUGGCCUCCCCCGCCCUGUCUCACCAGCACGUGCACACCAGUGGCCCGCCCUACGACUGCCCGUACUGUGGUGAGGAGUUUGACAGCUCGCGGGGGUUGCGGCAGCACCGGCGGGCCCACGCCGGCGAGCAGCUGCUCCCACUGUUUCAAGAGCACACGGGGGCUGCGGGAGCACCAGCGGAUACACAGACCAUGAUGGAGAAGGUGAGGACAGACUCUACGAUGGCAGUAUAAAACUGGACCAUCAUUGCCUGCGGCAGAUUGUUUUCUCAGCUGCCGCAGGAAGUACAUCCUCUGUUGGGUUUGACUGUGGAGUCGAUGGUGGCCUCCCGUUGAUCUAUCCAACAAUAAUCGAUUCUACAUUUUCCUUGAACUUCAUUCCCUUUGUCAUGUUUUCACUCCUUACACUUCCUCAUCUCUGUACUUCCCAACAGACUGAAGGUGUCGACCCGAAAACGUCAUGCAUUCCUUCUUUCCACAGACGCUGCCCGACCCGCUGAGUGACUCCAGCACUGUGUGACCUUCUUCCCAUGAUGCAUGCCGCCCCCCACGUGACUCUGCGCAAUGGCAAUGGGUGGGACCGGCAGCCCCCCUCGGAUUGGCGGUGACAUCAGGGCACCGGUUGUAGGUGUCGUCUGUGCAUGCGGCUGAGUUCACGGCAGAUGUGCGGGGAGCUCAAUGCGGUUCC